UUUACACACACCGGCUGGCUCCCAGUCUCCCAGCCAGUCACCCACAGUGCGAGACCGGUCGGCCAGAGCGGAGGUAAACAGACACGUCCGGAGCGACCCCAGACCGGAGGCAGCCGACCCUGGUCGCUGUUCCCGGGGCUCAGUUAAAAAGAGACGCCGGAGGAGGAUGGGACAAAGCCGGCGUUCGGAUCAAGACUGAGUCUGGACGGCACGCCGAGAGCUCGAUCCCGAGUCCUUCACAGAGUCACCGCGUUUCCCUCCGCUGACACAAUGGGCUGCUGCAGCGGACGAUGCACUCUCAUUUUUAUUUGCACUUUACAGCUGGUGUUGGCCUUGGAGAGACAAGUGUUUGACUUCCUUGGUUACCAAUGGGCUCCCAUUCUUGCAAACUUUUUCCAUAUCAUCAUUGUAAUCUUGGGCCUCUUUGGAACCAUCCAGUACCGGCCACGAUACAUUGUUGUGUACACUGUUUGGGCCGCACUUUGGGUAGCCUGGAACGUCUUCAUUAUCUGCUUUUAUCUGGAUGUUGGAGGUCUGUCAAAGGAAAGUGAUCUGCUGACAUUUAACAUAUCGGCUCAUCACUCCUGGUGGAGCGAGCACGGUCCCGGCUGUGUGAGGAGAGAGAUGCCACAGGCCCCCGGAGUCCGCACCACAGAGAGCCACUCCUACAUCUCUGUCAUGGGCUGCUUCAUGGACUACCAGUACAUCGAGGUCAUGCAUAGCAGCGUGCAGAUCCUUGUUGCUCUCCUGGGCUUCGUGUACGCCUGCUAUGUUGUCAGUGCCAUCACUGAGGAGGAGGACAGUUUUGAUUUUAUUGGUGGAUUUGAUCCAUUCCCACUCUACCAUGUCAAUGAAAAAUCAUCUCAUCUCCUGUUAAAGCCCAUGCACCUGUCUACGUAAAUAGGAAAGGCAUCCACCAAGGGAGGUGAUACAGCAAAUUCCCAUGGAGCCAAAAUGGCUGAUUUCUCACACACACACUCACACACACAUCCCACAGCUUCUCAUAGCACCAGACGUCUCCUUCUGGGUUUCAGUUCUUAACAUGUAAUUUACUUGUGUGUGGCCCUGAAAAGUCAGUUUCACAAUAACAGUCCAUUGUUACAGGAUUUGGGAAUUACCAUUGGUGGUAUUUGUGUUUAUAUAAAAAUAUCAUUUAUUUUCUUUCUGUCAGCUUUCACUUUGAGCUAACUCUACUGUAUAGAACAUAUUUCAGCAGAUGAAAACACAUAGGUUGAUGGAGCAACUAGCGUUCCCAGUCUGUAGCUGUGUGUCACAGAGGAUGGUGAUUUAGCAUAUUACUGCUGGUUUGGCUGAGAUCUUGACCGUUGGGCUGAAUUAUGGCAGAGUUUGCAGAAUGAACCAUUGUGCUGCUGCCUGUUUACUUUAGGAUCUGUAUGCAUAAAUACAGAAGCAAAGCAGGAAGGGAGCGGAGAAAUGAAGGCUUGGGGAGACAACAAAAGCACCAGUACAACAGGCACAUCUGCCAAAAAUAGAAAAUGUAAAUAAGGAAAUUCAAAGUUUCAAAGGACUGGAAAAGAGUGUUCGCCUUGCAAAGAGGUGCUCAAACACAAUAAACGGCAUGCAAGUGUCACUUUUAUAUCUGAAGCAUUUUAUUACAACAGUUUUUCCGAGUCAGUAUUUCUGAAGUGCCAGGUGUUGUGUUUGCCAAAGACCUGAAAGGUUUUGUUCUGACUUCAACUCUCCUCUCCUAGCAGCAGGCAGGUCUGGGGAGGCCGAUCAUUACAAACAGUCCUGCAAAAGUUGCAAGGCAUAUUUUUAACUUGGCACAAACAACCAAGAUUGUUAAACCUUUUCAUAUCACAAACAGCAGAGCUUGAGCUGGUUGGAUAUGGAUGUUAUGUGUGAAUGAAUUUAAUCUCUACCUGAAUAGAUCAGGGGGCUUCAUUCCCUGUCAGUUCAACACUUAUAUUCUGUCUGUACACGGUGAAAGUCUGAGCUGUGAUCAGUUGUAGGAGUUAAAGUUUGGAUUGUAUGUAAUGACAACUGAUUGAAGCUGGUUAACCAGUUACUGAGACUCGUGUCUCCACCCGUUUGGCUUUUAUUCUGAAUCAGCUUCAUUUUAACUUUUUACUAACAAAACUGAGCACACAUGAUUAACAUUACUCACUUCAGCACUUUUUAGAACAUAUCCAUCAGUUUACCCCCCACUCUUGUAUUGUCAGAGCUUCUUUUGCCUUAAUGUUAUGUGAAUCACUACUGCCCUCUAGUGUUCAAAUGGAUCAUGUGCAUAGUGAGAAGCUUUCAUAUCUCCUCCAGAAAUGGCAUGUUUCUGUUUGGAGAACAGAAAAUAGUCAAUUGUAUAAGGCAGAAGAGUUUGAAAGUGUGUUUUCUCAGUCAACAUACAUUCCAUUCCACAUGACUCAGGUUGGAUAUCAACUGAAUUUAAACUUUCUCAUUUGUUUAGUUUUAGCGUGCUUUAACAAAGAAUUACAGUGCUUUGCAAAGUAUUAUUACCCCUUAAACCUUUUCAUGUUAUCGGAACCUUGUAAUGGAUUUUAUUGCUGUUUAAUGUGAUAGACCAACACAAAUUGGUGCAUCAGUUUGGAAAUGCUUAAAUAUAAAAAUCCAUAAAGUAUAGUUAACAUCUAGGUCCAGUCUCACUGAAUAAGUACAACCACCUGUUGCAACAAACACAGCUCUAAGUUUUGGGGUUUGCACAUCUACAGCCCAGCAGUAUCAAGUCUUAAGAGUUAUCACAGCUCCUUGAUUGGAGUUAGGCCUGGAUUUUCUCUUGGCCACUGUCAAAUACGGAUAUAUUUGAAUUAAAAACAUUUCAUUGUUCCUGGAUGGUGAAGUCUAAAGUCUUUUACAGCCUCUAGUAGUUUUCUUCCAUGAAGUCACUGUAUUUAGCUCCAUCCAUCUCUGAUCAGCUUCCUUGACCCUGCUGAAAUACAGCAUCUCCACAGCAUAAUGUUCCUACUACCAUCAUGCUUCAUAGUAGAGUUGUUAUAUUCAGGGGGAUUGGGGCAGAGAAAGUUUUCCACCACAUUUACUGUGGCAUUUAGGCCAAAGCACUCUCUUCCAUGCGUUUGCUGUCUUCAUUAUAUGUAGCAAACUUCAGCACUCUUCCAUAAAGGCCAGAUUUGUGGUGUGGAUGACUAGUUAGAAUAAUUAUCUGUGUUGACAGAUUCUCCCAGCUGAGCCACAGUUACUAAGGCCCUCUUGACUGUUUCUCUCAUAAGUGCUUUUUUUUCUGUUGAUGUAGCUGCAUGAAAGGCUUGUCCUUGUCGUUGUGACUAACUUUGUGUUGUUCUUUUGCAUAAGGUUUGCAACCUCCAUUUGUGGUUUUGACUUGAAAAAGUUCAAGGACUGAAUGCUUUUGCAAAGCACUGUAGAAACAAAAAAAUCUUGACCGGUGUUCAUUUUUUACAAUUUUCCUGUACUGCCAGCAACAUCUUAUGUCAAGCAUUAGAUUUAUCUGUGAUAUUAAGAGUUCUUCACUGCCAGACAAACAGAAUGUAAUUGUUAGGAUCCUAAAAAACAUCUAAACACUUUUGUUGGUUGACUUUGCAAUAAUUUGGAUCCCAUUCCUGCAAUUUAAACUGCACUCAUCGUUCGCUCAGUGGAUUAGAAAUAUAAAGGGUCUAAUAUUAUAACCUUAUCAGUCUUAGUAGAAAAAAAAAUACUUCUAAGAUGUCAAAACUAGUCUUCCUCUGGGUGCAAUACAGACUUUUCCCAAAGUCCUGGUUGUAGUUAUGAUUCUGCUUGUGCUGGUCCAAACUGAAAAUGUGUCCAUUUCUUUGUAAAUAUUUCUUUUUUCUUUGUGUUAAUAGGUGGUAAAUUAUGUUCUCCUGUUUUCUGUCUUGUGUUGCUUCAACCUCAUGUGACCUGAUUGUGUAACCCUGUUUAUCCAGAUCUGUGCUUUGUGUUCAUGUAAAUAUGGUGUUUGUUAAUAAUAAUAAUAAAAAAAAAUCAUGCUCUU